ACACUGCUAACCAUAUGCCUAAACCUUAUCUUAUAUUAAGAUCAAAAACUCAUUUUUGUUUUCAUUAUUUAUAUUCAGUUUUGACUCUGUGGCUGUGGUAACACUCACGGCGUCAGUCAACUAGCCGCCAUUUCACAUUAUCCGGACAGGAGCAUGACCUAACCUUAUGCCGGGAAUCGUAGUUUUUUUUAUUUAUUUUUUUUAAACACCCUGAAAUCAGACAAAUCAGCAACGUGCACCUUCGUGAACUAUCGAAUGAUGGCGACCGAUCAGAUGACCGAUCAUGUAAAUGGGAAUGGUACAGAGGAACCAAUAGGCAUAACUGAAGUGGACACAGCUACAGCUGAAGUUAUCCAUUCAGACAGUUUCCAGACUUUAUUAGAUGCUGGCUUACCACAGGAAGUUGCAGAAAAACUAGAUGCAAUUUACAUAGCAGGCCUGGUAGCGCACAGUGACCUAGAUGAAAGGGCUAUUGAAGCAUUGAAAGAAUUUAACGAAGAAGGUGCUCUACAAGUCCUGCUUGAAUUUAAGGAAAGUGAUCUGUCGCAUGUGCAAAACAAAAGUGCCUUCCUCUGUGGAGUAAUGAAGACUUAUAGACAGAGGGAGAAGCAAGGGACCAAAGUUUCAGAUUCCACGAAAGGACCAGAUGAGGCGAAAAUAAAAGCUCUGCUUGAUAGAACCAUCUAUACACUUGAUGUGACAACGGGUCAGCGGAAGUAUGGAGGCCCCCCAGAGUCUGUGUAUUCAGGUGCUCAACCCACUAUUGGAACAGAGAUAUUUGUUGGGAAAAUUCCUCGAGACUUGUUUGAGGAUGAGCUGGUGCCCCUCUUUGAGAAGGCGGGACCUAUCUGGGAUCUACGUCUAAUGAUGGACCCCCUGAGUGGCUUGAACAGGGGCUACGCCUUUGUCACCUUCUGCACUAAAGAGGCUGCCUCGGAGGCUGUAAACCUGUGUAAUAAUAACGAAAUACGCCCCGGCAAACACAUUGGAGUGUGUAUAUCUGUUGCCAAUAACCGGCUGUUCGUCGGCUCCAUCCCCAAGAGUAAAACGAAAGAACAGAUUGUGGAGGAGUUUGCUAAAGUCACAGAGGGUCUUAAUGAUGUCAUACUGUACCAUCAGCCAGAUGACAAAAAGAAGAACAGAGGUUUUUGCUUUUUGGAAUACGAGGACCAUAAAACUGCUGCUCAGGCCAGACGCAGGCUAAUGAGUGGCAAGGUGAAAGUGUGGGGGAACGUGGUUACUGUGGAAUGGGCAGAUCCCAUAGAGGACCCAGAUCCAGAGGUUAUGGCCAAGGUCAAAGUUUUGUUUGUCCGAAACCUUGCGAACAGCGUUACGGAAGAAAUACUUGAAAAAUCCUUCAGCCAGUUUGGUAAACUGGAGCGAGUGAAAAAGCUGAAAGAUUACGCCUUCGUUCACUUUGAUGAGAGGGACGCUGCAGUUAAGGCAUUGGCUCAAAUGAAUGGCAAAGUUCUGGAAGGAGAGCACAUUGACAUAGUCUUUGCAAAGCCCCCCGAUCAGAAGAGGAAGGAACGCAAAGCUCAGAGACAAGCAGCCAAAACAAACAUGUAUGAUGAUGAUUAUUAUUACAACUACGGCCCCCCUCAGUUGCCCCCUCCCACAAGAGGCGGCCGGGGUAGGGGAGGUUAUUCUUACCCACCCGACUAUUAUGGCUACGAUGAUUACUACGAUUAUUAUGGUUAUGAUUACCCCAACUACCGCGGGGGAUACGACUACUAUGGCUAUGAAGACUUUCAGGCUCCCGCUAGAGGAAGAGGGGGCAGAGGUGCACGGGGGGCAUCCCCAGCCAGAGGCAGGCCAGGCGCUCCCAGGGGCAGAGGUGGUCCAGGAUCAAGCAGAGAAGCAGGGAAAAGUGGUCGAGGCCGGUCCUGACCUGUCACUAUGAAGACUGACCUGCUAUGUGAGGUUAUACUGGAAGCUGCCAAUUGAAGUGAUGGUAAGGUCAACUCAAUGGUCCAAUGAUAUUCCAACUUUACAGGAGCAUAUCUGCCAGAUUAGAAGAUAAUCAAAAGGGCAAACUCAAGACACUUGUUGCUUGGACUUUUUAGACCGUUGCUGCAAAUAGUUUUACACACCUCUGAAAACCUUUCUCAAAGCUAAGGAUCCGGAUCAUAUUCUGCUCAUGCGCAUGUUAUUUUACGCACACUGUAGCUGCUGCUCACACUUCCCUCACGUUUAUCUUUUUACUCACCCUCUUCUGGACCAUGCUGAUGAAGCAUAUGUCUUUGGGGUUAUUUCAGCUGUUAAGAAAUAUGACAAAGUGAUUUGAUCUAACGUUCCCCAAAAUAUAUUAUGAAGUCUAUACAACCAUCGUCUGUAACGGAUAUUGCAGUUGCACAAGCAGGACGCAGCACUUACACAUUUAUUCCAUUGGAGAGAAAACAAUCAGAUUUUUGUGUGAAGUAGGUUAAUGCUUCAUAGUCAUAUCGUAGCCACUAGCCAGAGUUCCUGGGGGGAAAAAUAACACUACUACUUUGACUGCCUGUCUGCCUCCUGCUUAGCCAAUGCUUGUAAUGAUGAGAAAAUAACAUUACAUCGCUAAUUAGACUGCGUCUCUGUGUCUUGCUUGUUUGAUAUGCUUCAUAAAUAGCUGCAUGGAACUCCCCACUUGAGUUUUGCAUUGGGGCAAAAAAUCAUUAGCGUUUCAACCACACCCAGACCCUACUAACUACUAUUUUGCUUUUCAAUGAACAUGCAAGUACCGCACGAGUAAGCGGCCUAGCUGUUCCAACUCUGGACAGGUGAGCAUGUAUUUUGACCCGUAACCAGUGUCUGACAAUGGGCGAAUGUGUUUUGCAUCGCCCGGCGCGCUAUUGUUGCUUGCAUCGUUAUGUCAACUACUGCUUAGACUGCCUACUAUUUGUCAUAAUCUUCAUAGUAUACUACCAUAUCGUAGCGAUGAUUGCUGGAAAAAUAACUAGCCAAUGUUUGCGAUGAGAAAAUAACAUUAAAUCACUAUUUUGACUGCC